AUGUUUAAGUAUCGGAUCCGGAUGUUUUUCAAUGAAGUCAAAGUGUUGUUACUGAUGCGCUCUGGAUCAAGCAGGAGGACUGACACGGGUACAGACCCGGACACACAGACCAGGAUGCGAGGUCUCGCUAUAGGAGGCUGUGGCUGGCCGCCGUUGAACUGCUCUCACCGGGACGACGAAGAGGAAUAUUAUGGCUCUGACCCCCGGCCACGCAGCCUGGCGUUUGAGGAUGAAGGAGCCAAACCCCAGGGAGGAGGCCUGGAUGCUGCUUCCCUCCCCAGUCUCUCAGAGAGCGGGAUGCGAUCGCCGCAGUGCCGGAUCUGCUUCCAGGGACCAGAGAAGGGGGAGCUGUUGAGCCCCUGUCGCUGUGAUGGCUCUGUGCGCUGUACUCACCAGUCCUGCCUUAUCCGCUGGAUCAGUGAGAGAGGCUCCUGGAGUUGUGAACUCUGCUACUUCAAGUACCAGGUCCUGGCAAUCAGCACCAAAAACCCACUGCAGUGGCAGUCCAUCUCUCUGACUGUGAUUGAGAAGGUGCAGAUUGCAGCCAUUAUCCUGGGCUCUUUGUUCCUCAUCGCCAGUAUCUCUUGGUUGGUGUGGUCCUCUCUCAGCCCCUCAGCUAAAUGGCAGCGGCAGGACCUUCUCUUUCAGAUAUGCUACGGCAUGUACGGCUUCAUGGACAUAGUUUGUAUAGGCCUUAUAAUCCAUGAAGGAUCAUCUGUUUACCGGAUCUUUAAGCGCUGGCAGGCUGUGAACCAGCAGUGGAAAGUGCUGAAUUACGAGAAAGCAAAUGACUUAGGUGACACCAUCAGUUCCAGCAGUAAAGGCGCUGGUCGUGUUGAGAGGAACUCUUCUCACACUGUUACAGACAGCGGACGGAGGGCGAGUCGGCAUGUUAGGACUAUUCUCCACCACCACUGUGGCUAUGCUAUUUUGCACAUCCUUAGCCAGUUAAGACCCAACAACAGGCACAGUGCCAACCAUGAGGUGGUCAUGAGGGUGACCACUGUAUGA